AUGAAACGAGAAUACCCACAGCAGGAUUACACCUUCUUUAAUGGCGGCAGUUCCACUUCCGCCUCCGCCUCCACCGCCGCCGCCUCUGGUUCUGGUUUUUCUGAUGUCACCGGGAAAUCGAAGAUGUGGGAUGAGGUUGAAGAGCAAGACGCCGGCGUUGAUGAGCUGUUGGCGGUGCUUGGGUACAAAGUUAAGUCGUCUGAUAUGGCUGAUGUUGCGCAAAAGAUCGAGCAUCUUGAGGGUGUUUUGGGGAACGAUGAUGGGUUGUCUCAGCUUGCUUCUGAUUCUGUUCAUUAUAACCCUUCAGAUCUUUCUUCGUGGCUUGAAUCAAUGAUUUGUGAGCUGAACCCAACAAAUCAACCCACUGUUAUCGAUGAUUCGUUUGUGAACAACACCUCCUCUGUAACUCCGUCAGCUGUGGACUCAUCUUCUGUCUUCGUUGAUGAUCUACAAAGGAUCCCCGGAAACGCAAUUUACCCUCCGGCGAAAAAACAAAAACCCUCUUCUCCGUCGACCGGUGCCUCCUCCUCGUACAAUCCGAACCCGAUUGUUCUUGUCGAUACACAGGAAAACGGGAUCCGACUUGUUCAUACUCUGAUGGCUUGCGCCGAAGCUGUCCAGCAAGACGACAUGAAACUAGCUGAAACCUUGGUGAAACAAGCCGGGAUUUUAGCCGUCUCUCAAGCCGGAGCUAUGAGGAAAGUUGCGACGUAUUUUGCCGAAGCUCUUGCUCGAAGAAUCUACCGGCUAUACCCUAAAACGCCACAAGAUUCGCCGGCGUUCCAAGAUCUUCUUCAGAUGCAUUUUUACGAAACCUGCCCUUACCUCAAAUUUGCCCAUUUUACGGCGAAUCAAGCUAUCUUAGAAGCUUUUGCAGGCUUUGGCUCUUCGACCCGGAGGUCCGCCCACUUUCCGAUUAACCGGAAUUGGGCCACCAUCAGGGGUUUUCUUGCUGAAAGCUUGGCUGAUCUUGAACCCUCGAUGCUUGAUUUAAGAGAAGAUGAAGUUGUCGCGGUUAACUCGGUUUUUGAGUUGCAUCAGUUAUUGGCUAGACCGGGGGCCGUCGAGAAGGUCUUAUCGGCGGUGAAGGAGAUGAAGCCGGAGAUUUUAACAGUGGUGGAGCAAGAAGCUAAUCAUAACGGACCGGUGUUCUUGGAACGAUUCACCGAGUCUUUACAUUACUAUUCCACCCUUUUUGACUCACUUGAAAGCAGUGGCAACGGCGGCGGAGUGGUGGAAGGUGGUGGUAUUCCGGCGGCGAGUAACCAAGAUAAGAUUAUGUCGGAGGUGUAUCUUGGGAAACAGAUCUGUAACGUGGUUGCGUGUGAAGGACCAGACCGAGUUGAAAGGCACCAGACGUCGAGUCAAUGGAAGACUCGGUUUGAAUCGGGUGGGUUUGAAGCGGUUCAUUUGGGUUCCAACGCCUACAAACAAGCUAGUAUGUUGUUAGCUCUGUUCGCCGGCGGCGAUGGCUACAGGGUGGAGGAAAACAACGGUUGUUUGAUGUUGGGUUGGCAUACACGGCCGCUAAUCACGACAUCGGCGUGGAAGCUCCGGUGA